AUCGAAUCUGUCAGUAACACUAAGCUGACACUUGAUACAGGUGUGAAGAAGAGCGUCAGAUCCUGUUGUUAUAUGAUGUAGAAGUAAUCCUGCAUUUCAUUACCGCUGCAUCGUUGGUUCGUCAACAGUUGAACAUCUAUAGUCACUUGAUGUCCCGGGUCACGAUGCUUCGUGUUCUUGUACUGAUGUUGAUGGCCGUGGAAAUAUGUGCUGCUACAAGCGACGUCUGCUCGACGACGUCGGCAACGCUGAUUGCCCACCCGACUAAGUGUGCCCAGUACUACAACUGUAGCGCGCCCGGCCUGAAAAUAAACCGCUACAUCUUGGGGCCGCACUUACAGGAAUGUCCCUUCCCGCAGUUGUACAACCCUGAAACACAGAGAUGUGAGCACUACAGCAUGGUCAAGUGUGGCAAGAGAACAGAGCCCCUGGGGAUGUGCGAGUAUGCCAAGCAUGCGUGUUUUGGGGGAAGGUACUGUGGGCCACCGUGUCACGUUUACAGCCCCACCUGCAGGAACCUCUCCGACGGCCUCAACGUCUACGAAUAUCGCCUCAACUCCCCCCACUAUGUGGUGUGCGUUAAUCAGCGACUGGUCUACACUGGUGUGUGCCACAAUUACGGAACGGGGCCAAAUAUCUUUGACUCAAAAUUGCGUGCCUGUAGGUGUUCGUAAAAAAUCCGUUGUCACAAUGAGCACUGACAAUUAAAGAGUUUGUCAACAAAA